UCUGGUUUUUUUUGUGAGCUGUAGUACCACCGCCGCCCCGGUGGGUGGCAGUAUCGUGCUGGCGGACGCUUAGGGAAACGAGAGAGGACGAAGAAAAGCCUCGCCAUCGUCAACAGUGCAGCAGCACUUGCAGAGAGGCACUGUACCUGUCCGUCGUAUACACAGUAACGCUGUGCACCAGCAGCACCAGCAGCAGCAGCAGCAGCCAGGCUGUGAAAUGGACACGAGAGCCUUGAGGAAUCCAUAUCCUGACUGUGAUGGGAGCCCUGCGUCCACACAGGCGUUGUUUGACUCACAGGGGAAGCUCACGUCAGAGUUCGCCCAGAGGCUGAGCGGCAAGGUCAGCGAGCUUUUGGCGCUCGUGGAAGACGGGCUGAGGUCUGCGGAUCCGAGGGACUGCACCAUUUACACCGGCUGGGCAGGCAUCGCUCUGCUCUACCUGCACCUCCACAACGUGUUCAAGGAGGACUCCUUCCUUCAGAAGGCCUUGGAUCACGUCAGCCGCAGCCUGAAGUGUCUGACCAGACGCCAUGACGUCACCUUCUUAUGUGGCGACGCGGGGCCGCUGGCUGUGGCUGCUGUGGUCUACCAUCGCCUGCAGAGGGGGCAAGAGGCCGACGAGUGCAUCAACAGCCUGCUGCAGGACCACCAGCGGGUGGUGAAGGGAUCUGGCGGGCUGCCCGACGAGCUGCUGUACGGCCGGAUGGGCUACCUCUACUCCCUCGCCUUUAUCAACCGGCAGCUGGGGCAAGACAGGAUCCCCCUGCAGUACAUCCAACAGGUCAGCGAGGCCGUGCUGGCGUCCGGCGAGCACCUCAGCAGGAAGUUCAGGGUCCAGAACCAGAGCCCUCUAAUGUACGAGUGGUACCAGGAGCAGUACGUCGGCGCCGCUCAUGGGCUGGCUGGAAUCUACUACUUCCUCAUGCAGCCGGGAUUCGUCCCGGCGGAGGAACAAGUCCACAGGCUGGUGAGGCCCAGCAUCGACCACGUCCGCCGACUCGGGUUCCCCUCGGGAAACUACCCUCCCUGCGUCGGUGACGACCGGGACCAGCUGGUGCACUGGUGCCACGGGUCGCCGGGCGUGAUCUACAUGCUCCUGCAGGCGCACAAGGCCUUAGGUGUUGCUCAGUACCUGGAGGACGCCCUGCGGUGUGGCGAAGUGGUGUGGCGCUGGGGUUUGCUGAAGAAGGGCUACGGACUAUGUCACGGCACAGCGGGCAACGCUUACACCUUCCUGGCCCUCUACCGCCAAACGCAGGACCCCAAGCACCUUUACAGAGCCUGCAUGUUUGCAGACUGGUGUAUGAACUACGGCCAACAUGGCUGCCGGACUCCGGACACUCCCUUCUCACUUUUUGAAGGCAUGGCGGGCACCAUCUACUUCCUGGCCGACCUUCUGCAGCCGAUGAAGGCGAGGUUUCCAGCCUUCGAGGUGUAAACGCUUUCACCGCAGGCCGCCCUCCUCUCCCCUGCCAUCCCCCCGCUGAGAGGAAGAUCCAUACUCCCGCUUUCUGUCACAUGCGUGCAUAAAAACGCCGCAUCCGUCUGGGUAAAUAACAUUCAGACGGGGACUUGACGAGUCUGCUCAGAAACUCGACGGCUGACUUUGACUCCGGCUCCCUGACACUGUGCCAUGUUUCUGCUGCUUUUUUCUCCAUCGGGAGCUUGACAUGCUAUUAACGGGCAAACCCUGUGCCCCCCUCUCCACUCCUGAUUAUCUCAGAGACGUGAAAAAUACAAAUUGAAGUCAAUAUUGCGACGCCCCUUAGGGCUCCAGCAGGAAAGAAAGGAAACUGGUUUUCAAUUCAAAUUGUGGGAUAGUGAAUCGUGUUUUGUUUACACUUCAAACACAGUACUUCUUCUAUUCUGUAAAUUCAUAUUUUAAAAAAGGAAAUGAAUGCUUUACAUUGCUUUUCUGUUAGUCACAAGACACUAAAUAAAAUCCGGCGGUGACGUUUGUUUAGGGCUGCGAACUGCAGCCUGUCCUUUGCACUAUCUGCACAAUAAAAUGUGUGUUUUUUA